AUGUUCAAAAUCGAAAUGUCUUUAGAAUUGACCAUUUCAAACUACUUUAAAGCUCUCAGAAGAAUCUACAAUUUCCAGAGACAUUUAUCGAUUGCGAAAAAGAUGCCCAGUGCUUAUCAGGAAGCGAUAAGAAGAUUGGAGAAUUUGCAAACGAACUACCAAGUUCUUCAAAGCCAGAUCAAAAGCGGCGGCUGGACGCAGCAGUCCAAGUAUGCGCAGUCUGAAAAGACCCUGAAUGACUUAGAUCAGGGCGAAUUAGUAGAAAAACUCCAGAAGAUUCCGCUCUUUCAUGUUGCUGGAACCAAGGGAAAGGGGACAACAUCAGCGAUGAUCGACAGUUUACUCCGCGAAAAAGGCUUCAGAACCGGCCUAUUCACGUCUCCCCACUUAUGCAAAGUGAACGAGCGCAUCAGAAUCGACGGAAAGCCGAUUUCCGACGAAGAUUUCGCCUUCAGCUUCCACCACAUUUACGAGCAACUGAAGCCAGAGCAGCGCCCUGCCUAUUUUUCGUUCUUGACGUUGGUCGCUUUUCACGCUUUUUCGAGGCUGAGAGUCGAUGUGGUCAUUUUGGAAGUGGGAAUCGGGGGCACUUUUUGCACGACUUCGCUGUUCCCAGUCGGGCCUAUGCCGCGUGUCUGUUGCGUCACAGCUCUUGGCUACGACCACAUGUCCAUCCUCGGCCACACAAUCGAAGAAAUCUCUCGCGCAAAAGCCGGAAUCUUCCGUAGAAACGCCACCCUCAUUUCUACGCGCCAGGAGUACACGGAAGCUCACAAAACGCUGCUCGAAGAAGCAAAGAAGAUCAUUACGCCUCUUCUCAUCCCUUCCGAGAACUUGCGCGAAUCGUUGUAUGGAAAAGAAGGGCCGAUGAAGUGCAACGCUUCCGUUGCGCUCACAGCCGUUCGGACUUUCUUUGGGAAGUCGCUGGACGAAGCCGCGACGAAGGAAGAAAUGGAAGGGUUGAAUAAGACCUUUUGGCCUGGGCGACAACAGAUCGUUUGGCACAAUACCGGCGAAAGGAAGCUGAAAGUUUUGCUUGAUGGAGCGCACACUCUAGAAUCGCUGCGACCAUGCGUUAAUUGGGCUGCGAAAAUGAAAGAAGGAAACCUGGCAGUCUUGAUGAACGUGACUAAAGACCGGAAAGUGAAGCCUUUGAUCGACAUCGUCGCCGAUUUGGAACCGUCAUAUUUGAUACUUUCUCCCAAUGUUGCAAAAACGACGGAGAAAUCGCAGAUUCCGGACAAGAAUUUCCCAAUAGAAAAGCAACUCGAAAAAAUCAACGAAAUCGAAUCCACCGCCACGAAAAUGGGUCUCAAAACGUUGCGUUUCAACUCGGUCAACGAAUCCCUCGAAAACCUCCCCACCGAAAUCACGACCGUCCUGAUCACGGGCAGUCUCUACCUCGUCGGCGCCUUUUUUCAACUUCGUCCUGAUUUACCUCUCUGA